AAUAGCCAUUAGGGCCCAAGCAAGUGGCCUUAACACAUGGCUUUCCUUCCAAAAGUGCAGACCCAUUUUUAAUUAAAUUUGUAAUUAACCUUUGGGAGGGCAGGCCGGAUUCCAUUUGCUUCCGGAGACACCCACAACAUGGGGAUCCCAGCUGUCCUCGUGCUGCCUCUGCUGCUCUUGGGAAUCAGCGGCCUCCUUUUCAUCUACCAGGAGGUGUCCAAGCUGUGGUCCAAGUCAGCCGUGCAGCACAAGGUGGUGGUCAUCACGGAUGCCGUCUCAGCACUGGGCAAGGAGUGUGCGCGGGUGUUCCAUACCGGCGGGGCCAGACUGGUGCUGUGCGGAAAGAACUGGGAGAGGCUUCAGAGUCUAUACGGCGCCCUGAUCAGUGCGGCGGGUCCAAGCAAGCAGACAUUCAUCCCAAAGCUGGUCCUCUUGGAUCUCUCGGACAUCAGCUGCAUCCAGGAUGUGGCCAAAGAGGUCCUGGAUUGCUAUGGCUGCGUGGAUGUCCUCAUCAACAAUGCCAGCAUGAAGGUGAAGGGGCCUGCCCAUAAGAUCUCUCUGGAACUCGACAGAAAGAUCAUGGAUGCCAAUUACUUUGGACCCAUCACACUGACCAAAGCCCUGCUCCCCGACAUGAUCUCCCGGAGGACAGGACAAAUUGUGUUAGUGAAUAACAUCCAAGGGAAGAUUGGAAUCCCAUUCCGUACAGCCUACGCCGCCGCCAAGCACGCGGCGCUGGGCUUCUUCGACUGCCUGCGGGCCGAGGUGGAGGAAUAUGACGUCAUCGUCAGCACCGUGAGCCCCUCUUUCAUCCGCUCCUACCAGGUUCAUCCAGGCCAAGGAAACUGGGAGGCCUCCAUCUGGAAAUUCUUUUUCAGGAGACUGACCUACGGCGUGCACCCCGCGGACGUGGCGGAGGAGGUGCUGCGGACCGUGAGACGCAAGAAGCAAGAGGUCUUCCUGGCCAACCCCAUCCCCAAGGCCGCCGUGUACCUGCGCACCUUCUUCCCUGAGGUUUUUUUUGCCGUGGUGGCCUGUGGGGUGAAGGAGAAACUCAACGUCCCAGAGGAGGGUUAACUGCAGGGGGCCAAAGGGUCACCCCGCGGGGAAUAAAGGCUUCAAGGGCA